UAGGCUAGGUGGUAUUUUUAAGAGAUGGAAGUCUGAAUUUACGUUAUUGCCCUCCUAUUUCCCUGAAGAGACAUUUACUCCUGCGAAGCAUAUGUUUGUGAAUAUAUAUAUAUAUAUUCAUUAGUAGCCUGACACGCGAACACGCUCUCUUCUCCGCCUCGCCGCCUUCGCCUCCGCCGCGCUGCCGUCAAACCGGCCAUCUCCGACGCUGCUGGACUCCACGCGCGAACGCCGCCAAGCCAACGAGCCCCGUCAGCCCCCUGUCUCCUACCUCCCACCUCCCCCCAAUCCGGUCACUGCUCGGUCCGCAGCCCCGCCUCCGCCCAAGGUGGGCGACGGCCCGGGACAUCGACAAAGCCACCUCCGGCCGUGGCCGACUCAAUCUACCUCGAUCACAUCGAGCGAGCCCAGGAUCCGGACGGACGACAUCAACCCUCUGUCUUGCUCCGUGCUGACUAAGAUUCUCGAUUUAGUGUAAACGAUCGAAAGGCAAAGAAACGGAUCUUUCGCUCGAAACCUGCCCGAUGAAGAAACCAUUUGCCGGAUCAAGCCGAACCUCGGCCUCCGCAGUGGCCGAAAGUCUCACCGAGGAUAUCGUCAUCGAGAUACUCUUGAGGCUGCCGGCCAAGUCCUUGAUGCGAUUCAAAUGCGUGGACAAACGGUGGCGGUCUCUAAUAUCCGACCCGGGCUUCGCCAAGUCUCAUCUGCAAAGGCUAAAGGCAGGGGAUAUAAUUUCUAGUCAGAGAAUCUUCAAGACCUGCCCCUUCGAGAUCACAAACUACGAAGUGCUCGACGGGGGCAUUCGCGGCGAUGAUGACCGCGCGGUGGUAGAGUCUCAGGAGGCAAGAAUGGACGAUUCUAGCUGGUAUUCCGAGCACGUGGGGUCUUGCGAUGGCUUGCUUUGUUUAUCUGUCCUAGACCGAUUUGUCGUCUAUAAUCCGACCACUCAGGAGUAUAGGAAUUUGCCCAGUUCCAAUCUUUUUCGACUACCUGAGAUAUUUCAUGGGUUCGGAUACGACUCUCGGUCCGAUGACUACAAAAUAGUACAAUUGAAGGGUUCUGAAAAAUGGCAGCGCGGUUCUGAAAAUUGGCAGGUAGUGAUAUUUUCGCUCAAGUCCGGUUCUUGGAAAAGGAAACGAGCCCAACUAGAAGGGCAGCUCACCGGCAUCGACCGAGGGGGAGUUUAUUGGAAUGGGGCCUUACACUGGUGCAUCAUCGAGCAGAGCGAAGAAAAGGUUGAGACUCUGAUUGUAUCAUUCGAUUUGUCGGAAGAGAAAUUCCAGCGGGUGCUUCCGGUCCCUGAACUCAAUGGGGGCACGCGUUUCAAGGGACUUGGGAUUCACGGGACCAAUCUGUUCAUGUAUCACUGCACCUAUAGUGGCUGCUUCCAGGCAUGGAUAACGAGUGAAUACGGGAAAGGAGGGUCCUGGACGAAAUUGUUCAGUGUAUCGACCGAAGGAAUACUUGGCUACAACCAUUGGCAGAUUAUCCCCGUCACGUACACAAGGAGUGGAAAAAUCGUCUUCCAGCUCGAUGCGUCCCAGAUGAUUCUGUUCAAUCCCGAGGAUAAUACUCACGAGGAUUAUCCAAUCCAGAGCUGCGGCAAUAUCUACUCUGCUAUCUAUGUGGAAACUCUUGUUUCUCCCUAUCUUGGCUGUGAGCCAUCAAGAAUCUAGAGCCUUUUAAAAGUUGUUCUAGUGGAUUUGGUCUUACCGUUUUGGUUCUGAGUUUUCCUUUUUAGGGAGAUCUGGCCAUCUUGAGCUGUUAUUCGGUUUUGGUUAUCCAGGAUCUUUUCGGCCUGGUUCUGACGGAUUGAUUUGGCAAUACAUGUGACAUUG